AUGGCCCAGGGUGCCAUGCGCUUCUGCUCUGAAGGUGACUGUGCCAUCUCCCCGCCACGAUGCCCACGCCGCUGGCUCCCCGAAGGCCCUGUGCCUCAGAGUCCCCCAGCCAGCAUGUAUGGCAGCACGGGCUCCCUGCUACGGCGGGUGGCAGGUCCAGGUCCCCGAGGCCGGGAACUGGGACGUGUGACAGCACCCUCGACACCCCUGCGUGGCCCCCCUUCACCCCGUGUUGCUCCCUCACCCUGGGCACCCUCUUCACCCACUGGGCAGCCUCCACCAGGGGCCCGGAGUUCCGUAGUCAUAUUCCGCUUUGUGGAGAAGGCCAGCGUGAGGCCACUGAAUGGGCUACCUGCUCCCGGAGGCUUGAGUCGGAGCUGGGACCUGGGUGGGGUCGCUCCUCCCAGGCCCACUCCAGCUCUUGGGCCUGGCUCCAACCGCAAGUUGCGGCUGGAGGCCUCCACUUCAGACCCACUCCCAGCCGGAGGAGGUUCAGCUCUGCCUGGCAGCCAGGGCCUUCUACACGGGCCGCCAGCCCCACCUCAGGUCAGGGCAGAUGGUCUUUACUCCUCUCUCCCCAAUGGGCUGGGGGGGCCCUCUGAGCACCUGGCCACACUAUUCCGAGGACCUGCUGACACUGGACUCCUGAACCAGGGAGACACCUGGUCCUCACCCCGGGAAGUCUCCUCUCAUGCCCAGAGAAUCGCUCGAGCCAAAUGGGAAUUCUUCUAUGGCUCCUUGGCACCCCCCAGCUCAGGUGCUAAGCCCCCAGAGCAGGCCCCCCCAUCUCCACCUGGGGUGGGCUCAGGGCAGGGCUCUGGGGUGGCUGUGGGGCGAGCGGCCAAAUACUCCGAGACCGACCUGGACACGGUGCCCCUGAGGUGCUACCGAGAGACCAACAUCGAUGAAGUGCUGGCUGAGCGGGAGGAGGCUGAUUCAGCCAUCGAGAGUCAGCCCAGCUCUGAGGGCCUGCCUGGCACCGUCCGCCCACCUGCCCCACGUCCGGGCCCAUGCCUUGGCCCUCAUGCCAGCCUGAGCAGUGGCGAUGAGGAUGAGGCAGGUGGGGAAGAGGAUGUGGACGAUGAGGUGUUUGAGGCCUCGGAGGGGGCACGGCCAGGCACCCAGAUGCCUCACCUGGGGCCUCUCAAGUCACCUGUGCCCUUCCUCCCUGGGACCAGCCCCUCGGCUGAUGGGCCUGACUCUUUCAGUUGUGUGUUCGAAGCCAUCUUGGAGUCACACCGGGCCAAGGGCACCUCCUACACCAGCCUUGCCUCCCUGGAGGCCCUGGCCUCACCUGGCCCAACCCAGAGCCCCUUCUUCACCUUUGAGCUGCCUCCCCAACCCCCCAUCCCCCGGCCUGAUCCCCCUGUUCCCGCCCCACUUGCCCCUCUUGAACCGGAUUCUGGUACCAGCUCUGCUGCUGAUGGGCCUUGGACACAGAGAGGGGAGGAAGAAGAGGCAGAGGCUGCAGCCAAGCAAGCCCCAGGGAAGGAGCCCCCUAGUCCCUGCCGCUCGGAGGACAGCUUUGGGCUGGGGGUGGCACCCCUGGGAAGCGAACCACCCUUGAGCCAGCUGGUAUCUGACUCAGACUCAGAGCUGGACAGCACAGAGCGGCUGGCCCUGGGGAGCACGGACACCUUGUCUAAUGGGCAGAAGGCAGACCUGGAGGCUGCGCAGCGCCUGGCUAAGAGGCUGUACCGACUGGACGGCUUCAGGAAGGCUGAUGUGGCCCGGCACCUGGGCAAGAACAAUGACUUCAGUAAACUCGUGGCUGGAGAGUACCUCAAGUUCUUUGUCUUCACGGGCAUGACUCUGGACCAAGCUCUCAGGGUGUUUCUGAAGGAGCUGGCCUUAAUGGGUGAGACCCAGGAACGGGAGCGCGUGCUGGCCCACUUCUCCCAGAGAUACUUCCAGUGCAAUCCUGGAGCUCUGUCCUCAGAGGACGGUGCGCACACGCUGACCUGCGCCCUCAUGCUACUGAACACCGAUCUCCACGGCCACAACAUCGGGAAGCGCAUGACCUGCGGAGACUUCAUUGGGAACUUGGAGGGCCUCAACGAAGGCGGCGACUUCCCCAGGGAGCUGCUCAAGGCUUUGUACAGCUCCAUCAAGAAUGAAAAAUUGCAGUGGGCCAUAGACGAGGAGGAGCUGAGACGCUCUCUGUCUGAGUUGGCCGACCCCAACCCCAAGGUCAUCAAGAGGGUCAGCGGGGGCAGUGGCAGCGGCUCCAGCCCUUUCCUGGACCUGACUCCCGAGCCUGGGGCCGCGGUCUACAAGCACGGGGCCCUGGUGCGAAAGGUGCACGCAGACCCCGACUGCAGGAAGACACCUCGGGGCAAACGGGGCUGGAAGAGCUUCCAUGGGAUCCUCAAGGGCAUGAUCCUCUACCUGCAGAAGGAGGAGUACCAGCCUGGGAAGGCCCUAUCAGAGGCAGAGCUUAAGAAUGCCAUCAGCAUCCACCACGCAUUGGCCACACGCGCCAGGGACUACAGCAAGAGGCCCCACGUCUUCUACCUGCGCACAGCUGACUGGCGGGUCUUCCUCUUCCAGGCUUCGAGCCUGGAGCAGAUGCAGUCCUGGAUCACUCGCAUCAAUGUGGUGGCCGCCAUGUUCUCUGCACCCCCCUUCCCAGCUGCUGUUAGUUCCCAGAAGAAGUUCAGCCGCCCUCUGCUGCCCAGCGCUGCCACCCGCCUCUCCCAGGAGGAGCAAGUGCGGACCCAUGAGGCCAAGCUGAAGGCCAUGGCAAGUGAGUUGCAGGAGCACCAGGCGGCCCUACUGGGCAAGAAGGCCCGGGGCAAGGAGGCUGAGGAGCAGCGGCAGAAGGAGGCCUACCUGGAGUUUGAGAAAUCCCGCUAUGGCACAUAUGCAGCACUGCUUCGGGUCAAGCUGAAGGCGGGCAGUGAAGAGCUGGACGUGGUAGAGGCAGCACUGGCCCAAGCUGGCAGCACAGAGGAUGGAGUCCUCCCACCUCACUCCAGUCCCGCCCUGCAGCGCAAUGUCUCCAGCCAGCCCCGGGCUCAAUGUCAUGGCUCAGAGCCUCGGGCAGGGGCAGGCAGUGGGCGUCGGAAGCCCUGA